AUGAAGGGUUCCGAAAUCUGGAUUGGUGAACUUAGAGACUACAAAUACGCGUUGCGCCUUGAUAGAGAAGAAUACCCAGCAGUUAUUGUCUACGAAUUUGACUCCAACUCCACUAGGCACUAUCUUUUCAUUAUAGAAUACAGCGACGCGCGGCCUAACUGGCAACUCAUCACGCGCGAUGCCGCCUUGGCGGCUUACGAUUUGCUCAACAGAGGCGGCGAGUUUACAACACUCAAUUUCCCUGGCACUACUAUCCGCCGUUCAGUUGACGAGCUGUCGCGCCUUCACUAG